AGAGGGCGUGGUGUGUGGGUGUGGUCGUGGUGGGCGUGGUCUUGGCUGGAGGGGCGGGGUGAGAAGGGUCAAAUGGCCCGGAGCCCAGCAGGAGGGGCUUCCUCCUAGCUUGAACCUGUCUGACCUCUGAGGCUUCCUCUGGAAUCCCCGGGGCCUCCCCAACCUCAGCGGUGCCUUCCAGCUUCUACAGUCGGUAUUCAUCCAUCAUGGACCAGCUGCCAGAGGAGUUCAACAGCAUCUCCUCUGAAAUGGUCAACCGGGACAACAUCUCCAGCCUGGUGGUAGACAUCUCCAGCAGGACCGCAGGCAUCCCGGAGAGGAACAAGGUGAGUAUUGGUCUUGGGGCUGAGGGAGCAGGCACCAGUUGGCCAUGUCAUGUGUCUUAUGCAGCCCCCACGGGCUCUGUCCAGAGCACCCAGCAUUCAGCUAAGAAAGACAAGGCCCCAGAGUCUGCAGCCCCCGAGGACCCCAAGUUCAAAGCCACCCAAGGGCCUCAGCUGCCCACCAGACGUCGGUUCCUCUCGGAGGCUGAUGAGUGCCAGGGUCCACAACCUGUCUGGAACAAGGAGCCACAGUUCUGGCAAGGCUUCCUGGUCCAGGAACUCUGGAAACUUUUCAUGGACAGCUGCAAAAAGAACCAACAGGAACACGGGAGUGAGGGUUUCUCACAGGAAAGCAAAGACUCAGACCUGUGUGACUAUAAACAAGCCCUUAAGCCCAGACACAGAAACAGCCUGAGUGACUCUGCUGACCCCAACCUGAUCAAGUCUCCCUCAGACCUGCUAGUUGAUUACCAAGAAGAUAUCAGUCAGCCCCAGUUUGAGAUCCAGGAACCCUCUGUAAGAGCUGGUACAUUUCUGAAGCCCUUGUCCUGGGACUCUGAAGUCUUAGAGAACAGCUGCAAGGGGCCUGGCACAUCACUCUCGCAAUCAGAGAGGUUCACUGUCCCCCAGACGCUGCAGAAGGUACGCGUGCUGAAGCACCAGGAUCUGCUGUUAGUGAUAGCCGUGAACUCCUUCACGCGCCAUGUCUUCACCUGCAGCCCGAGCGGCAUCAAGGUGUGGAACCUCAUGAGCCAGGUGGCCGAGGACAGACACCCCGAAAGCCACUUGCAAUACAGCGUCCAGGCCAGCGGGGCAUGCCUGCGCACCUGCCUGCUGUCCUCUAGCAGCAGGGCCCUGUUCGCGGGUGGAAGCAACUUACCUGGCGUGAUCGUGUGGGACCUGGCGGCCCCGUACCUGUAUGAGAAGUGCCAGCUGCCCUGCGAGGGCCUGUCCUGCCAGGCGCUGGCCAGCACCAAGGACAACAUGGUCCUUGCCGGCUUCACAGAAGGCGUGGUCAGGAUAUGGGACCUACGGACUCAGGAAAUAGUCAGGAACCUCAAAGGCCCUACCGGUGCGGCCAGGAGCCUUGUGGUCAAAGAUGACAAUGUCUGGACGGGGAGUCUGGAUGCCUGUCUGCGAUGCUGGGACCUGCGGAUGGCCAAUGUGUCACAGGAGUAUCCGUUCCAGUCCCAGAUCAUGAGCCUGUCUCACAGUCCGACCGAAGACUGGCUGCUUCUGGGCCUGGCCGAUGGCCAGCAAUGCCUGUUCAACAGCAGCAAGAGGAGCCAGGUGCUCACUGUGGGCACCAAGGACAAUGCCAUCUUAGGCCUGAAGUUCUCCCCAAACGGCCAGUGGUGGGCAAGCAUAGGGAUGGACAACUUCAUCACUUUCCACAGCAUGCCCACGGGAGCAAAACUGUUUCAGGUCCCGGAGGCUGCCACUGUGAGAUGCUUUGACAUGACUGAGAAUGGCAGGAUCAUCGUCACAGGAUCCGGGGACUGUGCCUCGGUGUACCACAUCAAGUACUGACAGCUUCAACUCCCCUCCCCUAACUGCACAGUGGUGGAUGACAAUGGGUGGAAAGGGCCAUGGAGAAUUCCAUGGGGUGUGCAGACUCGGAGUCACAUGUAAUAAACAAUUGAAAAGGCA